UCUCAUUUCAGUUACAAAACCACCAUCAACUUAACCACCACCAACUUUCUCUCUCAUCACCAUCUGCACUCAUUCUCUUCUCUCUCUAAAACCCCUAAAUUAGGGUUUCAUUUAAGGAGAUACUCACCAGCGCCAGCACAGAUUACACACGAAAGCGCAGUAAAUGGGGCUUUUAAAUCCAAAAUUCUCCCCACCUGAUAAAAAAGCAAGACACUGAGGAAAAAGAGUGAUUUUUCGUCAUUGCUGGUAGCCCUGUCCGCUACGCUUGUCUGCAUCUUUUUCGCGACUGCUCUUAUUUUGCGGAGAGCGAGGCGACAGCGGAGCCCUUCUGAAUUGGGAGAAUUGAUGCCUUCUGUUUGUGUGGGUGAACAGAAUGGAAUAGACUGUGGCGAGAGAAUGACUGUGCCUGUGGAUGGUGGGAAGAUGGAGAAGGAGUGGGAGACGGGGACAUCGAUAAUUGAGCAACUGGUGCCGGAGAUAAGAAUGCAUGCACUCACCUUCUUGGAUUACCCAAGCCUCUGCGGUCUGUCGAUGACGAAUUCGCUCCUGCAUAGAGCUGCCAAUGAUGAGAGUGUAUGGAAGGCGCUCUAUCUUAAGGAUUUCUCGUUGGAGCAAGGUAAUGUUAAACCAGCCAAUGGAUGGAAAGCUUAUUAUGCUGCUACCGUAGCCAUUGUUAAGUGCAACGCUGAGUUUUAUAGGAUAGUUAAAGAAAGGUCACAUUCUGCUAUAUCCCAGUUUUGGCACAAUGCAGGUUAUGUCAAAUGUUUCCAUGCUAAUGGCAAGUCAUUUACUGGGAUCUCGAAAUCGCUGGAAUUUUGUGCGAGAGCUUGGUUCGAUAAGAGGGGUGAGAACCCUCAUCACCAAACUGAAUCACUGGAAAACUGCCUUCUCCAAGCCUCGAACCCGAAGAACAGAAGAAAACAGCAGCAUGCUGAAGACUGACGAAGGCAGCGGAGCCCUCCCCCCACAGAUUUUCUGUGUCCGCCACUGAUAGUAACAAAUGAAGUAUGGUGCUGGUGGCUUAUCUUCACACUGAUAUGUAUGAAAAAACUUACUUGCUAUAAGGAGUCGGAGAAAAUUUUACGAUGUAUGUUGAAGAAAAUAUGACGAUUAUACUAACACAUUCUGUCCUGUGGUGAAUAUGACGGCCCUUCUUUGAUAAAGAGAACCGGCAUCCCUGAGUUCUUUCUGUAAUUGAUAUUUGAGCUUGUCUACAAACUACAAAGUACAACCUCCAUAAUUUUUAACUGAUAUAAGCUUCAUGACUGCAUGUUCGGUUGAGAUGGUGGUGCUAACAUAAUAGUCCUAUGACUCCUAUUCUUUAAGCUGUUUAUUUUUCCAUUUCUUUUAAGUUACUUUAAUGUUUUGUCAUUGCUGAGAUCCAUGUGUUCAAACAAGAAUAGUAGAAUACUAAUAUGUUCCUACUUUUCUAGUUACAAUGAAGUUAUGGAGAGCUGGCGGGUGGCAUUUAGCUGGGAGAAUGUUAUUGAUUUCCAGAUACGUGAUGUUAGGACUCGUGUCCUAACAGAUAUGGCUUGGGUGACCAUGAAAGCUUUUGCUGACAUGGAGAGGGCAUACAAUGUGACAAACAUUUAUGAACUCUGUAAUGGUAGGUGGUACAUGGUGCACCAUCAUAGCUUAGCAGCUCUCAUCCAUGGAGGAGCUGAUCAACAAUUUGUGCAGGGAUAAGGAGACGCCCUGACAAGGAUUUUCAAGGAAACGGUAAAGCUUUUACAUUUUUUUUAGAAGUUACUUGAAGAAUUUUUUUUCUUGGGAGAUUCUAGUUUCUUUUUUAAUAACUGUUUCAUUACCUCAAGUUUUGCAUAUGUGGCAUUGUCGAAAGAUGUCUAUAUUUAGGGUCUUGAUUUUCACAAGUCUCUCUUCUCAAAAUACAUGCGCAAUACAUGCACUGCACAGUAUAUGCACAUAUGAAGUUUCCUCCCCCCGAGUCAAGAUUUUCUUGUCUACAAUUGGUGUGUUGUUCUAUCCAUUAUGUGUUUGGAAAGUUUGGAACAAUUGAUUAACAUUUCUUAUAUAACAUCAUCCUUCUAUUUAUCCAAAGUUUCCAAACACGGAAUGAAAGACAGACCAGGACAUCAUUUGUGGACUGAACGAUUUUGUCUGCCCCCUCUCCAUCUGCUUCCAUUUACCACCUAGUGUGACCGACAUCUGACUGGAAUUUUCUUCACUAGCACUAUGACUUAAAUGAAUCUGGAAAUGAGGCCUUAAACUAUUUUGUUAUUAUUUGCAAUUAUUCAGGAGGAUUUGAUCAUGGGAAAUUCAUGUUUUGGGUAGUGGGAUUAUAGGUUAUAGGAAAUGCGGAGUGCAUUGGUGAUUAACAUGUAUUUUGAAUGUAAAUGGUGUGAUUUUUGUUGAGGGAACUUUUUUUUCUUUUUCCUGGAGUUCUUACCAAUUUUUGUGUAUUGUAAAUUUGUAAUCAGUGAGAGAGAGAGAGAGAGUUUUGACUUUGAUGUAUUAACAAUUUUGUUUGUUGUAAUUAGUCCGGGGGAUGGAUUUACUGUAAA